CUCGCUGCAGGGACUGCGGCCGUAGCGAGGCCUUGGGGUCCGGGUGUCACUGCUCGCUCCCCCUUUCCCUCGGGGAACGCUGGCACGACCGCUCUGGUGCUCAGGGGCUGCUGUGGGCAGCAAGGACAGGAGGAGAAGGGGACAGAGUUCUGUAUGGACCCUGUUCUGCCCGGCCCGGAUCUGAGAUUUGUUCCCGAGAGGAUGGUCCCUUUCAGUUUCCCUCUGUCAAAGUGUGCACUUUGGGACCCAGGCCCUAUGGGUGGUGUCAUUGGCUCACAUAUUACCUAUUACAGAAACCCAAAGUUAUCUAUGAUGGAGAAAACCUUGCGACUUGCCUAUCGCCAUGCUAAGCAGAAUGAAAAGAGAUUGUUUUCUUGUUUUUUGCUUGGGACUCUUGCAGUAGAUGAAGAUGGGGAAGGCAUAACAGUAACAAUAGACCGCUUUGAUCCUGGUCGAGAAAUUGCUGGUGGAUCGGGCAAAAUUCCAACUGCGUCUCUUCCUGGAGACUUUUUGAUUCCAUGUACAGUUAAUGCCUGGGGACCUUCUUCAGAUAUUAUAGUGCAUGGUGCUGAAGAUAUCAGCUUGGCUUUCCAGGGUCUGCAGCACAGUCUGUGCAGUAAAGAAUCACUGGACCUUUCUAAACUGCUCACUGUGAGAGCUCACAUUAUUUUCACAGAAAACCUGGAUAAUCUACAUUUUAAUUUUUACUGGGCUUCAAUUACUGCAGCAAAUAUCUUGGAAUACACCCCUGUGAAGUCUGUCCCAAUCAUUCCCACAGCCCUCGCAAGAAAUUUGAGCAGUCCAAUGAAUAUUGCACAAGUUCAAGGAACAUGUAAAUGUGGCUACCUUACUAUGGACCAAACACGAAAAUUGCUUUUGCUCCUUGAGUCUGAUCCCAAGGCUUAUGCUUUACCAUUAGUUGGAGUUUGGCUGAGUGGAGUUACUCAUAUCUGUAGUCCUCAAGUCUGGGCCUGUUGCUUGCGAUAUUUAUUCAGUUCUUCAAUUCAGGAAAGGGUUUUUUCAGAAUCUGGGAGUUUUCUUAUUGUGCUUUAUUCAUUGACACACAAGGAACCAGAGUUUUAUGAAUGCAUCCCAUGCAGUGGACAGACUGAACUAGGGUUUCAGAUCUUAACUUGCAAUGAAACAGUACACCUCUUCAAAAAUGUCGAACCUUCAGACAAAAACCCUCUCCGGUUUGAGUUGAGUGCAGAAAACCAAAAUGCAGAAACUGAGUUCUUCAGCAGAGUUUGCAAGAAACUUCCUCUCAGAAGUCCUUCCCAAGGCUGUUCACCCAGCAAGUUGUCAGCAAGCGAUCAUGACUCUGGUGUAGAAGAUGAGGAUUUAUCACCCAGACCAAUUCCAAGUCCUCACCCAGUGAGUCAACAGGUUACCAGGAUCUUUCCUUCAGUUCCUGAACUGUCACUUGUUUUGGAUGGGAGUUUCAUAGAAUCAGGACAAUCGUCUAAGCCUAUGGGGACUUCAAAUGCUAAAAGUCAACCCACAGCACUACAUCAGCCUAUUAAAAAGAAAUGGUGUUUGGAAUCUACAUAUUACCCCACCCAGCACUCUGAAGACAAGCAAAACUCUUCUGCUAAAAUGGGAGAUCCCUCUUUAAGGCAACUACCAAACCAUUUAAACCAGAAAAUUCCAACCUCAAGGCCUUCCAGAGGAAAGCAAGCUCUACUACAGCAACCCUUUCACCCUAAGAAAGCUUGCCCUCAAUCAAGAAAAAGUUCAGGAUCAUCUUCUCCUUCAACCCCUUGUAGUGGGCCUUCCCCAGAUACCUCUGCACAUCACCCCAGAAAACCAUCAGAGAGACUUGUGUUAAAUCCCAGUGGAGUAUCCCAGCAAGGAGAGCCUCCAAUUAGAACAUCAAUAUCCAAUUCUAAGCAGCUUCCUGCUGCUCUGCAGCCAGUCCUCUGCAACUCCGUGUUUUCACCACAGAUCUGCAGAAGACCACCAGAUCCUCAGGUGUCAGCUCAAGGGCCACCUUGCAGUCCAGCUGGUGCAUGUGCCUGUCAGUGUCCUGCUUCCCUUCAGUAUCACCCAAUAAACUCAUGGCAAGGAAUUGGUAAAAUGAGCCACCAACAUGGAGCAGAAAUCCAGUCCGAGUUGGCUCAGCAGAAUCCUUGUACAGGGCUGCAUCAAAAUAUCAUUUGCCCAAAUAUUUGCUGCAAUCCAGGAUAUACCACAAGCAGCCCUAUAAGCAUGAGAUAUCAUGGGAGAACAGGGGGCUGUUCUCUCGACAAUAGCUUAUCACCUGGAAUAAGACUGCCUUCAAGUGCAAGCCCCUCUAGUCCACAGUUUUGUGCAGCCCACUCACCGUGCCUGCACAUGCCUGCUUCUAAAGCAGGAUCAGAUAAUGGAAUGAUGGGAUUAUCUCCAGAUGCAUACCGGGUUCUUACGGAACAAGAUAGACAACUCAAAUUACUUCAAGCUCAGAUCCAACGCUUACUGGAAGCUCAGGCUCAUCAGGCUUGUUCCUUGGAUCCAGCUGCAACUGGCCAUGCUCUGCAGCCUGAGAAGCAAGGGGAUGUUGUUUCUAUGGAAACACCAUCCUCAUCUGGCCCACACAUGAGGAGAAGUGUGAGUGUGGCUGUGAGCACAGGUGCUAGCUUAUUUUGGAAUACAGCCUCAGAAAAACAAGACAACUCCACACCACAGGGGAAAAAAGAGGAUGAAGAGAUUUCUAAGGAAGACAUAAUCAUUUCAAUUAAUGCUGAACAAGAUGCAAGUAAUACAAGUAUUGCUUCUUCCUUAAAGGUGGUUGACAUGCCCAGCUUUGUAGACAGUAUUCACCAUGUGGAAGAAGGAACUAAUCAGAAUAUUCUCCAAAAUGGAAGUGUUUCCCAAGCACUUGUUCAGAGUUCCUCCUUGGAAGAAAGUAUUAGCGUGUCUUUACAGAAAGAACCAACAGAGGGAGCCAGCAACCACGUGGUGGUAACAAGUGAGCAGAGCUCGGAGCCACCCGCCUCGUUGCUGCCUCGGAAUCCAUCAGAGGAUCAGAAGCUUUACCAGGACUUACUGGGCCAAGUAAACCACCUCCUAAAGUCCUCAGAAGAGCAAGAUCACUUGCCUGUAAAAUCAGGCUUCAUUAAUGAUGAUGGUCCUAAGUAUCAGAAUAUUGAUGAUACAACAGAAAUGGCUUCAGAGACUGACAGGGAAGCAGUGGACAAAGAGAGUGUGAUCAGUGCCACGCUCAAACAGCUGAAGAGUCUUGGAGUGACAAUUGACUCACCUGGCAAAUUGAAGAAAAACACCCACAAAGUGGAGAAUGCCAGGUAAAAUACUGGUUGUUUUGAGCAGGAAUUUGUAGGUGCAAGCAGAAAUGAAGAUUGGCUCAAAGAGUAACAAGAAGGGACUGUGUUUACUGCCACUGGGGAUUUGUUUGGCAACUUGAUCCGCAUUUCCUGCAAAGAUGAAACACUGGCUCGUGCUAUGGGUAUUUCAGAUAAGGUUAAGAGCUCUGCUAGCAAAACUCAGAUUAUUUAAAUAUAACACAAGUAGCUCUAGCUGUUAGAGUAUCUGAUGAUUCUUAAAGUAUUGCACAUGCAGUAGCACACAAUUCCC